AUGCCUCUGCCCGAUGGAGUCUCUAGCAAGAUGCUGGCGCCAGUAAUGUAUGCUGGUGUUACGUGUUAUAACGCACUUAAGACGGCAAACAUCGUAACAGGUGCGUGGGUUGGUAUUUCUAGCGUUGCAGGUGCAGCGGGAUCUCUAGCAUUAUCAUAUGAAAGCAGAUUAGAUAUCAAUCUAUCGCAAUUGACAGAGGAGAGCAGCGAAGACCUCUCUUCAUGGAUGCAGGAGCAGAGGUCUAUUUAG